AUGAACUUCAUACUUGAUGCCUUCCCAGCAGCAGUUCCGUCUGCAGCAAGCUUGGGCAGCAACGUGAAGGGGUUGGUCCGAAACUUAUUGAAGAUGCAGGAAACUUUCAGCUUCGCUCAGAUGCUGCAGGGGGAGAAUGUGCCUGCCAACCUAAGGGACCUUACGCAAGCCAUCCGACCACAUGGAGGGGAAGAGCUGUUGAAGUUCUAUGUCUUGUACCUUCUUGGAUUCAUGAGUGGCCUUGCCGGUGGUAAAGGAUCACGAUUUAUGACCCGAAGCAAUGCAAGGACAACCCUUCUGGGUUUGGCUAUGCUCCAACAUGUUCUGGAGCAAGAAUCAGCUCCCCUGUAUUGGACCUACAUUCACCGCCGCGGGCUUGAACUUGGCAGGCAGGCUGAGGAGCCAGCAGAUCUGGCUUUGUUGCGACUAGCUUGCAACUGUCGGGCACAGACGGCCGAAGAUGUAGCUGACCUCCAAGACGCAUGGGAUCAGCUUACAACAUCGGAGCAGGCAGAUUUGACCAAACACUUCCUGGCGGACGGCAUCACCAUGCAGGCAGUGGUUUGUGAGUUCCUUCCCCUGUGCUUGGAGCGAGCUAGGUCGAAUCCUUUCGUCACGGUGGCAGCGCUCUUGCAGGUUCUGGUUGAGCUUUUGAGAGCAGUUCGAUCGGCUGCACCCGGAAGCCAAAAGAUUGUCACUGUAGACCUUGGAGACCUAGCAGCUUUCAUUCUGAUGGUGCAGAACAGCUAUAUCUUUGCGACAUGCCUCUCCCGCGCCACGCUGACGUUGAGGGAAGAGAGGUUCUACGUGGAUGUGUCACAGGAAAAUUGGCGUAGGGUGCGUGAACCUGCUACAGACGUGGCGUUGCUGGCAACAUCCGUACGUGAGCUGGUGCAGAAGUCAAGAAAGUUGGAUGAUGCGAAGAAGACACCGCAGCAGGUCCUGGUGAAGUGCGACUUCUAA